AUCCAGGAGAUGACUCGCCACGACGGCUCACAUUAUGACCUCAGCCGUCACAACCCCCAUCUGAUAAACAGGUCACCUAGGAUACUGUCUCACCACCCAAUGAGCACAAUGUCCCAACUGAACUCUCAGGUUGGCCGAAGUGCACUUACCCAUGGUUCUCCCUCACCUCCCGGAAGUAAAUCAGCCACACCCUCUCCCUCGAGCUCUACACAGGAAGAGGAGAUCGAUUCCCACCAUAAGGUACUGAUGUGGCAAUGCUUCUUUGAUUUCGCUGAACCUAGGGAAAGUCAGGGUGUUGGGGUUGGUCGUGUUGGGUGUUGCCAGAUGGAAUGAACAUUUGACUUUUUAACCAACUUGCGGUCGCGUUGUGUAAUGUGUGUAUGUAUGGCAGUAUGACAGUGAAUGUAUGACAAUUAUGCAAACAAGCUACUCUGUGAGGUUUUAAGAGCAGUGGUGUCUCUAUGCGAGCAUACACAUCUCCAAUCUCAUAGGCGUUUCAUUUGUUUGUUUGCCUUCUUAGAACACAUGCCAAUAAGAGACCAUCUGAUAUAUUUUUUAGAUUGGCUUCGAAUCCUAGUUCAAACUUAAAGAUGCACUUUUCAGAAAUUGCUCUGCUAUUUCCUGGUUGCUAAAAUUAUAAUAGUUAGCCUAAUUUCAGUUUAUGUGACAAAACAAGCAAAUGCGUGGGGAAAAAAAGUAUUAUCAGCACAAUGUGCAAGUCUCCAUUAAAAGAUGAGAGAGCCGUAUUUUCAUCUUAGGUCACGUCACUAUGACAGACAAAAUGAGAAAAAAAUUCCAAAAAUCACAUUGUAGGUUUUUAAUAUUUUUGCAAUUAUGGGGAAAUAAGUAUUUGCACCUACAACAACAAAUUGGGCUCUCAGACCUGAACUAUUCUUAGACCCCUCUGUCUCCAUCGUACUGUAUAGGCACCUGUUUGACUUGUGUUAAAGCACCUGUCCACAACUCAAACGUCACACUCCAAACUCACUGGCCAAGACCAAAGGUGUCAAGGACACCAGAAACAUUGUACCUGCACAGGCUGGAAGACUAAUGCAAUAGGUAAGCAGCUUGGUUUGAAGAAAUCAACUGUGCAAGCAAUUAUUAGGAAAUGGGACUGAAAUCCUGCAGUGCAAGACGUGUCCCCCUGCUUAAGCCAGUACAUGUCCAGGCCCGUCUGAAGUUUGCUAGAGUGCAUUUGGAUGAUCCAGAAGAGGAUUGUGAGAAUGUCAUAUAGUCAGAUGAAACCAAAAUAGAACUUUUUGGUAAAAACUCAACUUGUCGUGUUUGGAGGACAAAGAAUGCUGAGUUGCAUCCAAAGAACACCAUACCUACUGUGAAGCAUGGGGGUGGAAACAUCAUGCUUUGGGGCUGUUUUUCUGCAAAGGGACCAGGACGACUGAUCCGUGUAAAGGAAAGAAUGAAUGGGGCCAUGUAUCGUGAGAUUUUGAGUGAAAACCUCCUUCCAUCAGCAAGGACAUUGAAGAUGAAACGUGGCUUGGUCUUUCAGCAUGACAAUGAUCCCAAACACACCGCCCGGGCAACGAAGGAGUGGCUUCGUAAGAAGCAUUUCAAGGUCCUGGAGUGGCCUAGCCAGUCUCCAGAUCUCAACCCCAUAGAAAAUCUUUGGAGGGAGUUGAAAGUCUGUGUUGCCCAGAGACAGCCCCAAAAUAUCACUGCUCUAGAGGAGAUCUGCAUGGAGGAAUGGGCCAAAAUACCAGCAACAGUGUGUGAAAACCUUGUGAAGACUUACAGAAAAUGUUUGACCUGUGUCAUUGCCAACAACGGGUAUGUAACAAAGUAUUGAGAAACUUUUGUUAUUGACCAAAUACUUAUUUUCCACCAUAAUUUGCAAAUAAAUUCAUUAAAAAUCCUACAAUGUGAUUUUCUGAAAUUUUUUUCCUCAUUUUGUCUGUCAUAGUUGACGUGUACCUAUGUUGAAAAUUACAGGCCUCUCUCAUCUUUUUAAGUGGGAGAACUUGCACAAUUGGUGGCUGACUAAAUACUUUUUUUCCCCACUGUAUUGUACAGUUGAAGUCGGAAUUGUACAUACACUUAGGUUGGAAUCAUUAAAACUCGUUUUUCAACCACUCUACACAAUUUUUGUUAACAAACUAUAGUUUUGGCAAGUCGGUUAGGACAUCUACUUUGUGCAUGACACAAGUAAUUUUUCCAACAAUUGUUUACAGACAGAUUAUUUAACUUAUAAUUCACUGUAUCACAAUUCCAGUGGGUCAGAAGUUUACAUACACUAAGUUGACUGUGCCUUUAAACAGCUUGGAAAAGUCUAGAAAAAUGUCAUGGCUUUAGAAACUUCUGAUAGGCUAAUUGACAUCAUUUGAGUCAAUUGGAGGUGUACCUGUGGAUGUAUUUCAGGGCCUACCUUCACACUCAGUGCCUCUUUGCUUGGCAUCAUGGGAAAAUCUAAAGAAAUCAGCCAAGACCUCAGAAAAAAAAUUGUAGACAUCCACAAGUCUGGUUCAUCCUUGGGAGCAAUUGUAUGUAAACUUCUGACUUCAACUGUACAUAUUGCAGCUUUAAAGCAAUGCAGCUUUUUAUUUUCACUUUGUUGCUUGCUGUCUGAUCCAUUAUCACCAUGUCAUCUCCUUAAUUGCAUUUGCACAUUGUUAAUUGUCACGUCAAGAAAGGAAGAAAGGAAACGAAGAAGCAACUUCUUACAACAUUUACAGUUAUGUUGUUUUCCUUCAAAGAAUUGUGGAACAAAUGUAAGAUUCCCUUGUGGAUUCUACUGCUUUAUGUACGUUUACAUGUCAUGUAUUAUUGUUGUUAGAUAGGCCCUAAUUUACAGAAGCUUUGUUCAAUUAAUUAUAUUGCAACAAUGGCAACAGUAAUGCAUUUGGAUGUUUUCGUGUAUAUAAGACGUCUCUAUAAGAUGUCGUAGACAGAACUUGAGACAACAUAGUUAUGACCAAACAAAAUCACUUGAAGCAGCAGUCUUCUGUACUGUAUAUCACUGUCUUCUGGAGCUCUACACACCUAUCAAUAGAUGUGUUUCACCACUGUGGGGUAAACAUGUUGAAAAGGACAGGAAAGCUUGAGGGAGUAUACAUGUGACUCAAUCCCUCUACUGGAAAAGCACAGCUCUUUCAUUUGAAACAAGGAAACAGGAAUACAUACUCAUUAAGUGGCAUUAAUUUAAUUUAUGUAAAUCCAUACAACAAAGCAUAUAGAAAUUACUCACCAAUCAGGGCUCUCACUGGGUUUGUUUUUCAUUUACCUGGGGGAUUAGAAAAGAGGAACAUGAAUGUAUAAUUGAAUGUUGCAUAUUUAUCAGCAUCUGUACACAAGCACACGGUUAAAACAGCACAUUUUCUGGAAAAACAAUAUUUUCUCCACCAUACAAGCUCCCCGCUGUGCAUGACUGUCCAUGUAUGAAUAAAAAAACGAUUACUAUCUCUCCCCUAUCAGUAUGUAAUUCCAUUUGCCUCCCUCCAAUUUAUUCAACAUCCACAUCAAAGCUAGGACAAACUGAUGUGAUUUUGAAUACUUUUUGCUCCAUUGCACAAAAGUUGGAAUCUAUUAUCUUAAUGAAACUCUGUGGGGAAUGUACAGUUUUACCUAGUCCUGGAAGAAAUGUUGCAUUUGUGUUGUUGUGAUAAAUAAUUUUUGACAAUGUAAACGAUGUAUUGCUGACAAACAAGCUUCAAUCGGAAUAGAUCAUGGUAUAUUACACAGGGUUAGAUAAGACUAGACAGAUAUGAUUUCGACUCAGUUUCUGUUCAUGGAGUACAAUUAAAAACAAGAGAGUAUUAAUAGUAUCAUACUGUAAAUACAUGUAUUUGAACAUAUACAUGUAUUUGUGUUUUAUUUAUUUAUUUAGUACUUUUGACCCCUUUUUCGUGAUAUCCAAUUGGUAGUUACAGUCUUGUCCCAUCGCUGCAACUCCCGUACGGACUCGGGAGAGGCGAAGGUCGAGAGCCAUGCGUCCUCCGAAACACGUCCCUGCUUUUUGACACACUGCUCGCUUAACCCGGUAGCCAGCCGCACCAAUGUAUCGGAGGAAAACACCAUACAACUGGCGACCGUGUCAGCUUGCAUGCGCCCGGCCCGCCACAGGAGUUGCUAGAGCGCGAUGGGACAAGGACAUCCCUGCGACACAGCCCGGGAUGCGUUGCACUGCCUUAGACCGCUGCGCCACUCGGGAGGCCCCAAAGUUGUGUGUUUGAUGUUAACAGGUUUAAAUGGUUACAUUGAAUGUUUCUGAGAAUUCUAAAUUGAUUAAAUCAAGCUGUCAUUAUGACGAAAACGCUCAUUGCAAAAAUGCACACUUUCAUUCAAGUCAACCUGAGUUUUAUUUAGUUUUUCGCUGCAAACGUUCAUAAACAUUAUUGUCUUUUACCCUAGUAAGUCAUGCUAUUCUUACACUUGACGGGCAACUCAUAUCUCUUGAUGGUGGGGAUUCAGGCUUGUUUUAGCUGUCUGGUGGGCAUCGACAUGGAUGAGUUGGCACACUGACCAUGUCCAUUGGUCUAUGAGAGGCAGUGAAACUUUACCAAUCUAAGGUGCUGUGCACUGGGACGUGAAGUAGAGGACUGGAAAGCAUCUAGUCACAGUGUGCUAUUGAUCUUCUCAUGUGGUGAAGAAGUGUAUGUAUAAAAUGGCGGAAACAAGUGGCAUCAUACCUAGUCUGAUAGCCUACCAUUACUAUUGAAAGGGAACAGUUGAAGUUUACUGCAUUUCUUAUAUGUGUAAUACAUUCUGUUUGAGUGAGCGGUUGUCUUAUUGUGAGUAACUACAAAGUUCAGUCUCCAAACAAUGCUAGAAAGACAUGAGUGACAAAUUAAUAAAGUAGAAUCCUGUUUUCGUUCUUUGAUCUUCUUCCAGAUCACGGGCGAGAAGCGGCCAUCCUCGGAGAUGACGAAGCCCAAGCCCAAACCGCAGAAGAAGAAGAAGAAAAAGGACCCCAACGAGCCGAACAAGCCUGUGUCGGCCUACGCCCUCUUCUUCAGGGACACCCAGGCUGCCAUUAA